CAAUUCUUAAAGGUAGUAGAUAGGUUAUUGUUGAUAAUAUUAUUCACUUAAAAAUAAAACAAAUUUUAAUUUUUGAAGUUAAAAAAAUUAUAUUAAAAUUAAUUUUUUUAAGGCCUCAACAACACAAUCUCCAUAGACUUUUACAAUACGGUAGUGAUUAACAUAAAACUUAACACUUUUUGCUUGCCUACAGAGGAUGUAAACUUAACCUCUUUAUUAUAUUUAUAUUUUUUGUUUUAACUUGAGAUAAAUUAAUGCUGCUUUAGUUGGUUGUAAUCAUUAAGAAAAAAUAGGGUUGCGCCAUAUGAUUGGGGGAGUAAUUGUGUAGUAUAGGGGUUCCAGUCUGAAAAAAAGCUGUAGCAGAGGCGAGCCAGCAGCUGAAGUAGAAUAUGCCGAGGAGCCGCUCCCCGUCACCCAGCGCGGGAAGGAGGCGACGCAGCAAGUCGCGCGACAGAGAAGUGCGCGACAGAGAGAGGGAGCGAGAGCGCGACAGGGACAGAGACAGGCACAGGCGCAGGUCGAGGGAACGCAGGCGCAGGUCAGUAGAUCGUGACAGGUACCACAGGUCUCGAUCACGCUCCAGGUCAAAAGACAAGGGCAACAAGCAGAGAAGUCAGUACAUGGUCGAGAGGCCUCCAAUCACAGAGGCAGACCUGCAAGGCAAAUCGCCGGACGAGCAGGAGAUGAUGAAGCAGAUGGGGUUCUGUGCGUUCGACACCACCAAGGGCAAGAAAGUGCCCGGCAACGAAGUCGGCACGGUGCACGUCAUUCUCAAGAGAAAGUAUCGGCAGUACAUGAACAGGAAGGGCGGUUUCAACCGCCCCCUGGACUUUGUGGCUUGAAUUUGGAUCUCUGUCCUGUGUUAUGAACUUUUUGUUGGGCAUUUUACAGGGAUAAGGACUGCUGUAAAUAUAUGGAAGUUAUCUGUUUGUUCUACCCAUCUGAGGUAAAAAUUAAGUAUAGACUAUUUUAUCCGCUAGUAAAAAUGUAAUGUUUACACGUGUCAUUCGUAAUAAUUAUUGUUUUGAUGAUGAUGAUGAGUAAUGAUUUCUUAAUUCUGAGCUUGGACUUCAGUGUACUAUACCACAACUUUUUUGUGUGUGGGCUGCUAUCUAAUCAACUUGUCAGAUGAAGUACAUCAACAAAUAUUGUUGUUAGUUUUUUGAUCAGUAUUUUAAAAUAAAGUAGAAAAUUUAAUAGGCCAAUGGGAAGGAUUUUAAUGACUUUUCCCUUCCUUUAUUCAUGGCCUUAAUGACUACAUUGGCUCAUAGGUAACUGCUGUUGAUUGUGUCAUAAUAUCUGUUAGAUUUCUGUAUUUGGAGGCCAAGGACAAUUUGAAUGCUAAGAUGCUGUUAUUUUUGUUGAUUUUACUAAACUCUAAAAUAAUUUUAGAUGUUUUAUACUAAAAUACUAAAAUUCAAUCAAGUGUUGCGAAAUUUUUUGAGUGUAGUUAAAUUUUUAUUGAUUCCUUUAUUUCACAGUACUACAUAAGGUGAACACCUAUGCUUUGAAUUCACCGUCCGCUGCUAGGACUACACCUGUAAUCAAAGAAGAAUAGAUAAAGGCUUGUCCACUCCUUUUUCUCUUUUAUCAGAAUCUUGCUCAGACUGCUCUCUGUCUGAAAUGUCUAGUCUUGUGAGUAUGUCAGCGUAAUCUGCCUGAAACUAGUAAAAAAAAAAAGUAUAUGACAAAAUUUAACACCACUAGGACCCUUAACUUAAAAAUUGCAUAAAUAUUGCUUAGCUCACAUAAUGGUUUGCAUGGAUGUCAUAUUAAUGAGUCUGCCAGCAAUCACUUCAUUUAAAUAAUCACAAAUUGCCUGAAAUAUUUUACAGUUAAAUAAAUACUAUUCUUUUAUGAAAUGUAUAGCUUCUUUCAGCUGAAAACAGUAAAAAAAAAUUAAUUGUACCUACAUUUCAUGCAAGUGGACUGCAAUGUAAGAAAAGGGUUAAAUUAUGUUAAUGUUGUUACAUUUAUUUUAUUUUAUUUAUUAUUUGCAUGUUAUUAUUAAUUUCUUUGACUGUUCCAUGUGACGUUAUUGUGCUUGUAAUGUAUUCUUAAGGACUACUAUCUAAGGAACUUGGUCAGUUGAGCACCAGGGUAUUUAAAUAUUUAAAUGUCUGUAAUAAAUGCCUGAGCCAAUCAUUCUAUUGUUGCACCCACAACUCCCUCUGAGGGUGUGUCUAUUGGCUCAGGGGGACAGAUUCUGUCCUGUUUUCCUAUGGCCGGAUAGAGAGGGUGAGGGGAUAGCUGAAAGGGAGGUGGGCCAGCCACAGGGCAGCUGGGUGAUAGGUGGCUCAGAAGAGGCUCCUCUGGCCGAGGUCCGAGACCUCGGCGACUGGCCUGGUGGGAGCACAGGCCACGGCUGGUGCGCUGGCUUGGAAUGUGAUGGGCGGUGUUGGCGACAGCUGCGUGAUGGUUUGGGAGCCCAGGCAACUAGCGGAGGGCCGGACCUCUAGGCACCUUUGGGUGGCGUUGGCAGCAGCUGGGAAACGUGGAUCGGGAUCUGCAGGAGCUGAUCUUAUUUCAGCCGGGAGGGAGGUUAAUGGCUUGAGCCACGAAACAACCCUUCCAUGGUUGCUGUGGUACCUACUAUUUUAUCACUUCAAUAGCUUGGUAAUACUCACAGUAAUUGUAAGAACUAGGAGCAAAUUAACCUAGGUCAGAAAGACUUGGUAUCUGUUGUAUAGGCAAAGAGAGUGACAUGACACUAGAAUAAUUUUUUUUUAACCUGGUGCAAAAGCGUACGUAUGUGAUGAAAAAUACAAUUGUGAAUUUAGAUUCAUCUGAAGGUGAAACUGCUUUGGCAGUACCUAAUAUCAAACCACAAAUGAUACAAGUUUAGUAAAUUUAGGUCUUAAAUGUUUAGACAUAAGAUCAUAAAUUAUAUGUAUAUGCUUAACAUAAUCUGUGAAUAAAAUAAAUAAGUAGGUAUUUGUUAAAAAAAAAUUUAUUCAAAAACUGUUAUUUAUAUAAAAUUAUCAUUAACGUGAUAAGUUCUUAAAAAUCGCAAUACACUGUGUUCACGCAUGUGUGAAUAUUUACUGGACAUAGACAAUUUUCUCUUUUCUCUUUUCAUCAUGUUGACUUGUUUGUAGUGCUUGGCAUUGUGGGUAAAAAACAAACAAGGAGUCUAGCAAGAUGGCGGUGUGUGUUAGUGGUUUGUAUUUAGUUGUGGUGAAAAUAAAAUACAUUAUCCGGCAA